AUGGACGCCAUCGAGCUGAACGCAAGGACUGGUGAAUCACCAACAUCAAGCAGCUCAUCGGACGACCAUAACGGGAGCAACACCGAGGUCAACCCGAACCGAGCCCAGCACGCCCUCCCACCCACCGACCAAGGCUUCCGCGCCUGGCUCUGUCUAACCGGCUGCUUCGUGAGCAACGUCGUCGUCUGGGGCUUCGCCUUCUCCUUCGGUGUCCUCCAAGAAUACUACACCACCCAUGAACCCUUCAAGUCCCACCCUUCCGGCAUCCCCGCCAUCGGCACAACGGCCACAGGCCUGAGCUACCUGACCAUGCCCAUCUACUUCUGGGUCUUUCAGAGAUAUCCUCGCUGGAGACGUUGGUCGUGCUUUGCCAGUCUGCCGCUUCUGGUCGCCGCUUUGGUCGGGGCGAGUCUCGCGAAUGCUGUGCCUCAGCUUUUGGUGUUCCAAGGUGUACUCUAUGCCAUUGCUGGAAAUGCUUUGGUGACGCCAACGAUCACGUAUCUGGACGAGUGGUUUGUGAGAAGGAAAGGGCUGGCGGUCGGGAUCAUGUGGGCUGGUGAUGGCGCUGGCGGUGUGAUCAUGCCCAUUUUGAUGCAAGUUCUGCUUUCCAGGGUCGGAUUCAGAUGGACUCUACGCAUAAUCGCCGGCAUUAUCGUGCUAUUGAUGGCGCCACUGCUGGUAUUCCUACAACCCCGCGUGCCCGUCUCGGCCACGGCCACGCCCCGCCCACUCGACAUCUCUUUUAUUCGAACUCCGCUAUUCUGGACCCUCGAGGCGUUCAAUGUCUUACAGGCUUCGGGCUACUUCCUUCCCAGCAAUUACCUCCCUACAUACGUGGAAUCGCUUGGUCUUAGCUCAACAUUCGGCUCCCUCACAUUGAUCCUGAUCAAUCUCUCCUCAAUCUUCGGCUGUAUCACCGUCGGCUUCUUGGCCGACCGCAUUGACAUCACUACCAUUUUAUUCAGCAUCAGCCUCCUAGCGGCCACGACGAUCUUCUUGACUUGGGGUCUCUCGAUCUCCGUCGCACCCAUCUACAUCUUCUGUAUCACAUACGGCCUGACCGCCGGCGGCUACUCGUCGACAUGGGGCGGCAUGGUCAAGGAGAUUCAGCGCAGGCACGAAGGCAUUGACGCCAGUAUGUUGUUUGGCUUCCUGGCGGCGGGGAGAGGCAUUGGUGCUGUGGCUUCUGGGCCGCUUAGCGAGUUGCUGCUCAUUGCUGGAGAUCGCAUGCACUCGAGAGCAGAGUUCGGGUAUGGGACGGAGUAUAGUCCGAUCAUCAUCUUCUCGGGUUGUACGGCGCUCGUGGGUGGCGGUAGUUGGAUGCUUAGGCGUGCUGGAUGGAUAUAG